AUGCCCAUCGACACAAAACGCAAGGCUGAGGACGACGAGCCGAGGCCGGAAGGCUCGGACUACGACAGCGAUGGCUCCGAAGAACCCGACUUUAUCAAUGUCGACUUCGAUUUCCGUGCACCGGAAGAGAUCGACUUUCUCGCGCUCAAGCGACUUUUGCAACAGCUGUUCUACACGCACAACACCAAGUUGGAUCUGUCGGCGUUAGCGGACCACAUUGUCAAGACAUCGACCACGCAGGGCGUGGGCACGACCAUCAAGGUGGUCGACGACGAGGAUCAGGACCCUUAUGCGUUUGUGUCUACCAUUCAGCUGUCGAGCGAGAAGAAGGCUGGGCUGGAGGCGGCCAACAGCCUGACAAAGUAUCUGCUGGAGGUGUCGUCCAAGCCGUCGAGCAAGUCAGUGCACGAUGUGAUCAAGAGCGCCGCCUCGAGCACGUCGACCAACGCCCCCGUGAUCGCCGUGCUGCACGAGCGGAUGGUCAACAUGCCACCCCAAGUCGCUCCGCCACUGUACAAGAUGCUACUCGAAGAGCUGAAAGCCUCGCUGUCGUCGACAUCUGCACCGCAACCAUCGCACUACCUGUUCUUCUCGCGUGUCUUCUCCGCCGAUGCCUUCUCGGAUGACGAAGCGAUGGACGAAGACGACGACGACGAGCCAUCCGGUCUGGCAGGUGCGCGAAAGAGGAAAGCCAAGCUGGCGCGUCGGGAAGCCAAGAAGGCCGGUGCCAAGAAGGACGCUCCCAAGACUCGAGCCAUUUCGGACGGGAUGGGGUUGAGCGGAGCCGAGUCGUCAGGGGACGAACAGUUGGGUCUGUUCCAUCCGGAAGACAUCGCGAUUUCCAAGGUUGCGAGCCACUCGCUUACGUAUCGCUUCCCGCCGCCUGCCGAUGCCUCGGAUAGCUUUGAGGCGCCGCUGUUUGGAAGGGUCGCUCUGGUCCCGGCGGGGAAGAUGGAGACUCUGCUGCAACAGAUUGAGGCGGAUCUGUCGAUGCCCAUGCCCCAGUAA